UCUCUGGUUCAGUCUUCUGUGCGCCGCCGUCGCGCAAACAACCUGGCCUGGAACUCUGUUCGACUCGCCCUAGAAUACAUCGGAACUUUGAAACUUUUUUAGCGGCACAUAUGCCGCUUCUACACCAGGACACUAGCCGGGGUGGCGGCGGCUCCGAGGAGCACCGUACCCUGGCUGACUUCCUGGGUCUCGACACCACGCAGCUAUCCGAGCCUGCAUCCACGCCCGUCGCACACCGCAACAGUGAGUGUGGAGGUGACAACGGUUGGCGCUGGGAGGAGGAGCCUAGCAGCCCAGAGGCUGCGCAGACGCCGCGAGCGCUCGUACCGCCCGCCUGCUUCCCGCCUAGACAUCCCACGGCCUUCACUAGUUACAGUGAAAGCGCGCAGCCAGGCAGCCUCUGGUCCGAGGAGUGCACCUCCGAACAAGGCAUUACCGAUCUUGUGGCCUCUUUAAAGGCCCUGGCGAUGCCCACCGCGUCGGUGUCGCUGCCGCCUGUGUCGCUCGGCUGUGACCGACUGGAGCGCUUCGAAGGCAUGUACGGGGUCGACAAGGAUGAGCCGUGGAACGAGCAGAACUCCAGGGAACAUCGCGGGUCUAUGCUGCCCAGGCGGGCUUCUUUUUGCGGAGUGGUAUCGAAUGGCCGCAACGGGAGCGAGGUGUUGCGCUGGGGGGGGAAGUUGCCCCCGCGCUGCGUGUACCCCACGGGGGGGUUCAGCUCGAAAGUGUUCCUGGGCGGGCUGCCGUGGGACAUCAACGAAGCCUCGCUCAUGCAGACCCUGAAGCAUUUUCAGCCUAUACGCGUGGAAUGGCCAGGCCGCGACCGCCCCCCGGCGGCGGGGGGGUCGGGCGCCCCGGACAGCGGGUGCCCGCGCGGGUUCGCGUACGUCAUCUUCGAGAGCGAGCGCCGCGUGCGCGCGCUGCUGGCCGCCAGCCGCCGCGACGGGAACGACUGGUACUACCGCAUCGGCUCCCGCAAGACUAGGAGCAAGGAGGUGCAAGUGAUCCCGUGGGCGCUGUCGGACUCCAACUGGGUGAGCGGGGGCUCGGUCCGGCUGGAGCCGGCGCGGACCGUGUUCGUGGGCGCGCUGCACGGCAUGCUCUCGGCCUCCGCACUCGCUACCAUCAUGAACGACCUGUUCUCCGGGGUCGUUUAUGCAGGAAUAGACACGGACAAGUACAAGUACCCGAUCGGCUCGGGCCGCGUGACGUUCAACAACGUGCGCUCGUACGUGCGAGCCAUCUCCGCCGCCUACGUGCAGAUACACACCGACAAGUUCACUAAGAAGGUACAAGUGAACCCCUACCUAGAGGACUCGAUGUGCUCCGUGUGCAACUUGCAGCAGGGACCGUACUUCUGUCGGGAACCUACUUGUUUCGGGUACUUCUGCCGUUCGUGUUGGUCGUGGCAGCACUCGACGGACAACCACAAGCCACUGAUGCGCAACUCCAAGAGUGCCAGCCCCCGCGCCAUCCUGCCCACGCAGGACUCCAACCCCGACCACCACAACUAUAACGGCAUCUACGGACAUGCCAACGAAAGUACGCCGUCUCCCGCGACGAGCGGUACGAGCGGUACGAGCGAGGAGCCCGGCAGCGGCGGCAGUGGACUGAGCGAGGAGGCCGAGGGCGGCGGGGACGACGCGGCCGAGGGCGGAGUCUCCAGCUGGCUCAACUAGUCCUCCGCGCCGCAGCCCUGCAGAGCCAACGUUACGCCACGGCCCACAUUACGCCACGGAAUUACAUUACGCCGCGGCCCGCAUCACAUUACGCCACGGUUACGCCACGGACCUGCAGUAGCUGCUGCCCGCUGUUGUCGACCCGCUAUUAAGUUCGGCGCUUCGCCAACAUUCUGCUUGUUUGUUGAUUCAUUACGGUAAGAUACUCGAACGUUCCGAUAACCUCCGUUUUUAUUUCAGUAUUUUAGUUUUAUUUCGUUCAGUUUAAUUUUUAAUAUCGUAGUAUAAAAAUGAACUUAACUUCGUAUAUUAUUAUUAACAUUGUCUUUAUAAAUUGGAAUAAAUUUAAAGUUGAAUACGAGUGUUAUCGUGCAUUCGAGUACUUACCGACAGCUCAAUUAUUGAUCUCAAUUAUUGCAUUUGAUUGUUAAUUUUGUUUUUAUAUUUACUUCUAUUUUCUAAUUUGUAGACUUGUUUUUGGUUGUUUAAAAAUUAAGUCUACACUUUUUUAUAUAUUUUGUUGUAUUUGGAUAUUAUUGUAUCCCUUUGAACGCCACGGUCGGGUAAAGCCGACAAAUUGAACAUCUGUAGACACGAAUAAUCAAAAACAUGUCAUUUGUCAGUUAAACCCGACUGUGGCGUGUUUAUUAUUUAUCAAGUACUGAUUAUUUUUGCAUUAUAUAAGUAACGGUAUGCCGUUAUACCUAGUUGAUAAUUUUAUCAAACAAUUUGAUAUAUUGUAAUACGCUAACAGCGUAGAAAUGUUCCUUAGACAAAUUUUACGUAUGUGCCUAUUAGAAUUAGGUGAUUUUAAUAAAUUUUAAAUGUGCCUCCUAGUAAGCCCUGUAGUAGCGAUUUUAAACUUUUUUAAACGGGCUUUUAAAAUGUAUAAUCAUGGUUUUAAUAUACUAGGAUGUUCAAUACGAAAUGUUGAUUUUAUGUGAAUCGCUUGUUUGAUUUUUAACUAUACAAAAUAUACUUGUUAUUGCGAA